ACUCCAUUCAUGUGUUAGCAUGUGGUUGUGAAAACUGAGGUAGUGAAAGUUUUUUAGGACUUCCUUGCUAUGCUGUGAUCUCUGUACUUAAAAUUAGUCCAUUCUGAAGACUGGCUUUGCAAAUAACUUCCAUACUGCCGGAAUAAAUACACUGUGGAGACCCAAUGGAGAUCAAGGGUAAAAGAGGUGUAAAAAACCCCCCAAAUUUCUGCUAAACUGGCAUAUUCUGUCCCUGUCCUUAGCUGUGCUGUCCAUGCAGGUGUGGUGCAGUUGCUCUGCAGUCCUUGUCUUUGGCUAGAGAAUUUAUGUAAUAGCACCUUCUUCCGUCCUUUCUCAGUCCUCUUUCUCAUCUCGGUCAGCAUCAAAACUCCCUGUGCCAAAGUACAAGCACUUGUGGGAAGAGAGUUUUUUUGUCAUGGAGAUAACAUGGAGUCAUGCAAAUUCCAUUCUGUUCAGGCAUUUUGUUUGCAUUAAGUAUUUUAUCAGAGAAGAUGUCUUAGAAACCUGGUGCCCCCUUUUUCCAUGCAAUUGAUGAAGCUCCCUUAGGAAUUCUGUUACCAGCUUUGUAUCGUAGACAUUUAACCUUGGACUGUGCAGCAACAGGCAUACUGUAAAAUAAGCAUGUUUAUUCUUCUUAUUGCAGGGAACCAGCAGGAAUAAUGAAAGCAGAAUCUCGGAGUUUUCUGUGCAUGUGUCUUGUACCUGAGGCAUCAAGUUCACAUCAUCUUGAUCACUGAUAAAAGUGUCCAGAUAAAAAAAGAGACUUAUUAAGGGAGGUUCUAAUCACGGUGUUGACCACUCAGAGUGUUUCUUAAAAGCACAUACAUGUCACAUGUUCUGUCUGUAACCAGAACAGCUCAACAUAAAGUUGUGAUCACUUGUUAGUGGUGACAGAUCAGAUUGUUAUUGUCUCACAGACAGGAGAAAAACUUCUGUAGUGGACAUUUGCAAAGAAACAGCCCAGCAGACUUGCUUUUGGAGCAAAAUACAGCACUUGCGGCACACAUAAGGAGAAGUACUAGUUCUGAAGACAGCUUUUAGCCAGGAGGAUGGCAGCUCGGCGUGCGCUGAAAGCUGUCUUGGUGGAUCUCAACGGCACACUUCACAUUGAAGACUCAGCUGUGCCCGGCGCGCAGGAAGCUCUUAAAAGGCUGCGCAGCGCUCCGGUUACCAUUCGAUUUGUGACGAACACAACGAAGGAGUGCAAGAGAGAGCUGCUGGAGAGGCUGACGAAACUGGGCUUUGACAUCGCAGAAAAUGAGAUCUUCACGUCUCUGACUGCAGCCAGGAACCUUCUGGAGGAAAAGCAAGUGCGGCCUCUCCUCCUGGUGGAUGAUAAGGCCCUGCCUGAUUUCACAGGGAUAGCCACUGAUGACCCCAAUGCAGUGGUGGUAGGACUUGCUCCAGAGCACUUUCACUAUGAGAUGAUGAACAGAGCAUUUCGGUUGCUUUUGGAUGGGGCUCCUCUUAUUGCUAUACAUAAAGCCAGGUAUUUCAAGAAAAAAGAUGGCUUGGCUCUGGGACCUGGACCUUUUGUAACUGGGCUGGAAUAUGCGACGGACACUAAAGCGACCGUGGUGGGGAAGCCAGAGAAAACCUUCUUCCUGGAAGCUCUGCGGGGGACUGACUGCACCCCAGAGGAUACUGUCAUGAUCGGUGAUGACUGCAGGGAUGAUGUUGGAGGUGCUCAGAAGGCGGGCAUGCGUGGGAUUUUGGUACGGACCGGUAAAUAUCGACCAGCAGAUGAAGACAAAAUCAAUCCAGCUCCUUACUUAACCUGUGCGAAUUUCCCAGAGGCAGUGGAACAUAUCCUGGAGCGCCUGCUAUGAGAAAAGGGAGUGUGUUACAAGAAAGGGAAUAGUUAGUUUGAAGAAACAUCUGUUUCACAUAAUUUCCUUUACUCUUGCUUCAUAAAAUUGUCACAGGAUCAAUGCAUGCACUGCAUCAGAAAACUAGCUGUGAUCUCCUUCCACUCUCAUUGUGAAAGGGCAGAGGAUCCACAAAGCCCCUUUCCUGUAGUAGUUUCAGGAGGAUGUGAUGAGGGACGCAGACACCUGCAGGUGAGACAGAAAGGCUGCAGCCUCCUGAACGACAUGGGGAGCACAGCAGGGAGUUCUGUUUAUUUUCAGUUUUCAAGAAAUAACUGAUGAAAAUCCCUGUCUGGAAAGUGUCACGGUUCUGUUGCUGAAUAAGCUAAACAGAACCCCCCCACACUGGAAGUACUCAUGUAAAUAAACCUGAGAGACUAACAGACCCUCAGUCAGCGUGUAGUGAUUUCACUGAGGAUGUCCCUGCUCUGCUCUAAUUUGAAGGUGGAGAUUAUGCACGUUUAGAAGUGCUUUAAAAUUAAAAUAUCACCAUUGUUUAAUAAUAACUACUGUUGGUAUCUGUCCUCAUUAAGAGCAGAUCCUGGGUUUUUUGUUUUGGAAAUUUGACAUAAAGUUAAAAACUGUCAGCAUUUUACAAAUGUUUUAAUUAGGUGCUGUUAUUAAAAAGAGUGAUACCGAAACAAAAAUCUGGUAUUAAAUGCCUUAGAGACUGUGACUUUUUAAAAUUAGACUUCAGUGGGGUCCUAUUGAUGCUACAGUUACAAAAUGUCACUACUAUUGGAGGGAUUUUUUUGUUUCUUUUUAACAUUAUGGUAAAAAUCCCUCACAAGCCAUGGGGAGAGAUUCCAGUUUUUACACAGUUGGUUAGCAGUAAAAUGAAAUUUAAUUCUGCAGUAUGCAGUGCUUCUCCUCUGCACCAAAUCCCCCAGUACGAACCAACUUUGUAAUGAUGGUAAAUAGCUUUUCUGGUCCAUUUGCAAACUGCAAUAAUCCAAGUCCUUUACAGUUGUUUUACAGUGCUCCCGAGUGUUAAAUUAUCAGAUUUGUAAUUAUACAUUACUGGAGUAUUAACCUUACUGAAAAAUACAGUUUUGUGUUAAUGAGCCAUGCUCAUUCUCGUUAAGAAAAAUCGUCGUGAUGGAUGAAUUUCCUUACGUGACAGAGUGUGCUGCUGCAGUCGCACGUGGUGAGUGGUUACCUACGCUCACAUUUAAUCUCCCUCAGAGACAGGACAUGUGGAUGGAGUAGACUUUGCAGUGGAAACACAAGAAACAAUAAACCUUCCAACCUAAAAACAUAA